AUGGACUGGAUGCGCCUAACUCGCGAUCUGUGUCUCAAUCCCCGACACACAAAAUGGAUGGCUCCGCUUCUGGUCCUGGGCGACGCUUUUCUCUGCGCGCUGAUCAUCUGGAAGGUUCCCUCCCCGUUGCUGUUACUCACAGAUACCGAGAUUGACUGGACCACAUAUAUGCAACAGAUAUCGUUCUAUUUGUCCGGUGAACGCGAUUACACUCUCAUCAAAGGAUCCACUGGUCCCCUUGUCUAUCCGGCCGGCCAUGUAUACAGUUAUACGUUCCUCUAUCAUCUCACCGAUGAGGGGCGCGAUAUUUUCUUCGGUCAGAUACUGUUUGCUGUGCUCUACUUGAUCACGCUGGUGGUUGUGCUGUGCUGUUAUAGACAGUCGGGUGCUCCCCCAUAUUUGCUCCCGCUGCUGGUCCUUUCCAAGAGACUUCAUAGCGUUUAUGUCCUGCGUCUGUUCAAUGACGGCUUGGCGGCGCUGGCGAUGUGGGUUGCCAUUUUGUUAUUCAUGAAUCGGAAGUGGACGGCUGCGGUCGCAGUGUGGUCUACCGGUGUCGCAAUUAAGAUGACAUUGUUGCUGUUGGCUCCGGCGAUUGCCGUUGUCACGGUGCUUAGUCUGUCGCUUGGUCCUAGUGUGAGACUGGGGGUUCUGGCCGUCCUUAUCCAGGUUUUACUUGCUAUACCGUUCCUACAAAACAACCCCGCAGGAUAUCUCUCGCGGGCAUUCGAGCUAACCAGACAGUUCAUGUUCAAAUGGACAGUCAAUUGGAGGUUUGUCGGUGAAGAACUAUUCUUGUCCAAGAAGUUUUCCCUGGCAUUGCUGGCUAUCCACAUCGUGCUGCUGGGCGCCUUUGCCGUCACUGGUUGGUUGAGGCCCUCCGGGUCUAGCUUGCCCGUAUUCAUCCAGAAUCUGCUUGCGGGUCGACAGCGCACAGUAUCUCUCUCCAAGCCCUACAUCAUGACCGUGAUGCUAUCGUCUCUUGCAGUUGGCUUGUUGUGCGCAAGGUCCCUUCAUUACCAGUUCUUCGCCUAUCUCUCCUGGGCGACACCCUUCCUCCUCUGGCGCGCAGGGUUUCAUCCCACCUUGCUGUACCUCAUCUGGGCUAUGCAAGAGUGGGCUUGGAAUGUAUUCCCCAGCACCAACCUCAGUUCCGUCGUUGUUGUCCUCGCACUUGCUGCCCAGAGUUUCGGCGUCCUUGCGAAUAGCGCCAGCGCCUUUGAUACCAUGCGUUCGAAACUUAGCGGUAAAGAGCAUAUCCAAUAG